AUGGCCAUCGCUUGGGAUUCGAUCAAGUCUCUCCUCAUAUUCAUCGGACCCAUUGCCAUCCCACGCGCCAUCUCCUACUACCGCUCGAGCAAGGCUGCCUCCAAGUCGGCCGGCGUCACGGUGCGUCCCGUGCCGCGCCACAUCCGCCACGCCCUCGCCCUGCUCGCCUUUUGCGUCGCGACGCUCGUCCUCAAGACGCUCCCGCCGUUCACCCCCGAGAACAUCUUCCAGCGCACCGACAGCCGCCUGCAGAUCCCGACCGACGUGCUCUUCAACCGCGUCGCCGCCCUGCGCGGCGGCCCCGGCGGCGAGGGCACACUCACCGCCGCCGACACGACCCUCCGCGGCAAGUUUGUCAACCUCGAGAGCCGCCUGCUGUACCUGCAGUUCGGCCCCGCCGUCCUCGCCGACUGCCUGUUCUGCAACGCCGAGGAGCCCAAGAGCUACCUCUACUACGCCAUCCCCGCGCUGCUGUGGGCGCACCUCGCAAACUUCCUCGCCGCCGCCGUCGUCACGAGCCCCUCGUGGACGGGCCGCUACGGCCGCCAGUGGCGCAGCUGGGCGACCGUCGCGGCCGGCGCCAUGGCCGCGACCGACGUCUGGCUCACGAGCAACUACAACUACCAGGCCAACGCGCGCGCGCUGCGCCUCGCCGACCUCGACGCCUUUUACUGGAGCGCGCGCGCCACGCGGCUCUGGGCGCUGGCCGCCUUCGAUGCCGUGCUCGGCUACCUCAUCUACCUCUCCGCCACCAACCGCGCCUUUAUCCAGCUGCCGACGCCCGCCGAGCGCGUCGAGAAUGUCAACCGCGCUCUGCACGUCGCCAAGAGCAAGCUGAGCGCCCUCGGCAUCCUCAAGAACACGGCACAGCGAGAUACCGAGCUGCGCGAGCGCAGCGACGCCUACUGGACGCACGAGGGGCACCUCAUGUCCGAGGCCAUGGAGGAGCGCGAGGUCAUUGAAGGCGUGGCCGAUGCGCUGGAGAACAGGCUGAAUAUCCAAAAUAUUACCCGAGACGCAGACACGUAUACCACCAUGGUGCUGCAAGAGUUGAACCAAGAAUAG